CAGUGCUGGGUGCUGUGGAAUCUAUCUGCUGUCUUUCAUGCUAAAUGGGGAAGAAAACCAAUCAUACAGAGUUUUUCUUUUCUGAAUUUCACCCAGAAUGAAGUAUGGUAGUUCCUCUGCCAAGUGUUCCAACAGGAAACUGGAAUUUCAAGUUGCCUUUUAGUUGUUUUGAGCAUGCCCCUCGCAGAGGACUGUUGAUGAAAUAUUGAAUAAAGACUUGACUGUUCCCAAAUUUCGUCACAAGUCAUAAAAAUGGAAUGUUGACUUCAUGACAUCACCAAGGAAACAACGAUGCCAGUUUUAUGCAUCUUUCAGAAUUGGAUAACAGUACGAAAUCUUCCAGAUAACAGUCACAUUUGCAAGAGUUGUUAGACUAAUAGACAUAGCUCUCUUUAGUCUGAGAUAAUACUUCAAAUAAAAAUGUCAACAGAGAACACUGCAGAGUUGGUUAAAUAUGUUGAGAAAACUCCAAGCCAGCCAUUUCUACCGGCAAUUCCUAAUGUGUCUGGAAUCAGAGUGAAUUCACUGGAAGACCGGCUAUCUAAUCAGGAGCGUACCACUGCUGUGCUCUUGGAUCAGGCAUUUCGGAUCAAGGAUGGCAUUGUUUCAUACCUUCAGGGAAAUAAGAACUUUCAGCAAGGGGAGGCAGCAGCUCACCAGCUAUUGGAAAAUCAUAUCCAGACAAUCACAAGUGUUGUUAAAAGGCUGAGCCACGACAUAGAGGAGUUGGACAGACAAAUAAAAGCCAGAGAUGAAGUAACAUCAGGAACUAAUUUUGCUGUGCAAAGUCUGGACCAUAAACACCUGCAGGGGGUUGGGGACCUACGUGGAAGAGUGGCCAGAUGCGAUGCUAGCAUUGCCAAACUCUCUGGAGAUAUCAAUAUCAGCAGGCAUGAGAUUUCAAAACUAGAGAAAGAAAUUCAUGCUGUUCAGUCUUCCUUGGACAAUUAUGUGAAUAAUAUUGAGAUGAAGGUAAUGCAGCUUUUAGGCAAGAUAGAGACUUCAAACUCAGAGCAAACUUCAAAUUUAAAGACAAUACAGGGUGAUCAACACCAUGAAUUGCAGCUCUUGGACUUCAAGAUAAAUGGUAUUUUAAAUGAUUUUAAAGAUCAAAUUCAAAACCAACGAAAGUGGAUGGAAAGUGAGUUGAGGAGAUCUGAACAAGAGCAAGUCCACUUCACAAACCAGCUCUUUGCUACAAUCAAGGAGAGAUUGGAAAUACUGGAAAAGAAAUUGGAAGAUGGUUUAUACUAUGUCUCCAAAAGAAUAGAAAACACAGAAAAAACAUUGCAAUUUGAUGUGGAACUCAGCCAGGUGAAAAAUGAUCAAAAUAAACUACAUGCAAAGAUUACCAGAUUUGAAAAGCUGAUGUGGAAUGAACUAGAAGGAAUGCAAAAUGAAUACAGAUCAGGAUUUCAAUCUAUCCGUGACUCUCUUGACGCACUCAAACAUAUACAGACAACAAAGCUAAAACUUGAAGAAGAGAAAUUCAAGCAAGAUAUGAAAAAGCUACGGCGAAAACUCAGUGAACUCAAAGAUUAAUACAUUUUGUUUAGCAUUUACAUUUGUUCCAUCAAGGGAAAAUACUAAAAAGGUUUAAAAAGUUAACUUAUUUCUACAAUAUCACACUUUUGUUCCUGUAACUCUGUAACAAAAGCACUG